UCCGGCUAGUUUACUGUUGACUCUAUUUAUACACAGAUCGAUGAGAUCGCCAGACAUGGUUUGUUAUGUUGACGUUAGGUACUGAGAAACCUGCAUCAUGUUUUGACCGUUAGUUCCGAUGUCCAGUGACUUUAACACGUGUUCAGACAUGGCCGAAGCAGCCAUAGAUACGAAUGUGAACCAAACUUCCGACGACACCACAAAUGUUUCCCCUGGGGAUGAACCGGUCCACGAGAAUGGAGAUGACGACCCCCCUGCCCCACGGGAUGAAGACCCGACCUCCGCCCCUGACGACAACUCACCCCCUCCAGAGAUAAUUUGGAGUGAUCGGAAGUAUGGCCUUGGGGAUCUUACGGAGGAAUCCGGUCUCCUCCAGAGGAUGUGUCGGUUUUCUGAGGCCCCCGGGACGGGUAAUAUGUCUCCGGGGCUGAAGAUUUAUUCGGAACAGCCCGUGUGGUUACAUAGUCGUCAUAACAAACGACACGCAAAGGCCCGGACCAUUUACAAGGACACGAACGGAGCCUACUUCGAGGUCGGACAGACUCUCCUUAUACCAGACGACUUCCAAGGGUGGUUCGAGUUGGUACCGCCAGACUUCACCAGAGCGCGCUACUGUAGGAACAUUGCCGAGGUUGCUAGUGUGAUGCCAAAGAAAAUUUUUACUAGGACGAGGCUAAAGGGAAUUCGAAUAGUUGAGGAGGAGGGCGAGGGCCAAAGCUAUCUAGAGAGAAAAGUUUCGGCGGGUUCUAUCUUGCGUGUGAAGGGUACUUUCUCAGCAAAAUGGCGGACGUCAGCAGAAACGGGUCUGGUGAAAAAGAAAAGCAAAAACUGGACAACAGUUGAGGAGCAAUAUCUGAAAUGUUUAGAUAAGGACGAAAAAGAGGUCAUGAUUCCUUUUAAACAAAAAGGAAAAUUCAAUAUUAUCUAUGAGAAAGGUUCGAAAGAUAGUAGAUGUAUAUUACAUAUGAAGGAUAUAAUUUCAAACUUUUCCUUGCCACUUAAAGUUAGGCUUCUCUUCGGAAAAGCUCCCGUGAAUCCUUGUAUAUUCACAGGAAUGCUGGUACUGAAAAGUCAUUCUGUCUGCGAAAGCAUUGUGGGAAGUACAGCAUCCAAUCGGCGUAAUGUUCUGUUCGAGCUUCCUCUAGACUUGCCGUGUACUGUGGAGGUGGCGGAAAACGAGCGCGAGAGCUGUGGCCACCAGAGGGCGUACAAGGAUGGUAAGAAGUUGUGUCAACUGUAUGCGGUGUCCUAUUCGUCACUGAUCAAACUUUCUCCGAAUAUGGACACCGACCAGGAGAUGUACCAGCACAUCCCAACCGCUAAGGCCAAGCGUGGAGCAGACGACACUCUUCAGACACUCGAUCUCAUUACCAAUAUUAGUUUGACUGAUGAACCCGUGGAUACCUUCAUACAGGAGUUCUCCGACACGGACUCCGUACAGAGUGCGGAUCAGUCAGGCGGGGCCGUUAAGGGCAGUCUCAUGGAGCUUAAGGAAAUUACCACAGACACUGCACGAGAUGAUACAUUGUGUUAGGGUAUCGUUUCUAAUGUUGAUGGUCUAGAAAGUAAACGUGAUGAUGACACAUUGUGUAAGGGAAUUGUUUUGAAUGUUGAUGGUCUAGAAGGUGAACGUAAUCACACAUUGUGUUAGGGAAUUGUUUUGAAUGUUGAUGGUCUAGAAGGUGAACGUUAUCACUCAUAUUGUUAGGGAAUUGUUUAUAAUGUUAUGGUCUAGAAGGUGAACGUAAUCACACAUUGUGUUAGAGAAUUGUUUUGAAUGUUGAUGGUCUUGAAGGUAGACGUGAUGAUGACACAUUGUGUUAGGGAAUUGUUUUGAAUGUUGAUGGUCUAGAAGGUGAACGUAAUCACACAUUGUGUUAGGGAAUUGUUUUGAAUGUUGAUAGUCUAGAAGGUGAACGUGAUGAUGACACAUUGUGUUAGGGAAUUGUUUUGAAUGUUGAUAGUCUAGAAGGUGAACGUAAUCACACAUUGUGUUAGGGAAUUGUUUUGAAUGUUGAUGGUCUAGAAGGUGAACGUAAUCACACAUUGUGUUAGGGAAUUGUUUUGAAUGUUGAUGGUCUAGAAGGUGAACAUAAUCACACAUUGUGUUAGGGAAUUGUUUUGAAUGUUGAUGGUCUAGAAGGUGAACGUAAUCACACAUUGCGUUAGAGAAUUAUUUUGAACGUUGAUGGUCUAGAAAGUAAACGUUAUUAUGGCACAUUGCGUUAGGGAAUUGUUUUGAAAGUUGAUGGUCUAAAAAUUGAACGUGAUGAUGACACAUUGUAUUAGGGAAUUGUUUUGAAUGUUGAUGGUCUAGAAGGUGAACAUAAAUUGCGUUAAGAAAUAAGAGCAAUACGAACAAAUGCUACAGUGCCGACAAAGAACAAUUAUGAUGGAUUUAAAACAAGGUCAGGUUCAGUUAUAUACUUAACGAUAAGCUUUUAAGUUUAAAAAUUAUGAAUUGCAUCUCGAAGAAAUUCUAUCUUUCUCUGCCUCUGUCUAGUCAGACUAACCUGUCACGUUGACUUGGUCGUGGGGUAUUAAUUUGGUCCAGACUGAUCUCUGGGUCAGACGCUCAAUACAAAAAUAGCAUGGACAAAUAACAUAUCCAGGCGUUGAAUUGUUAACAAGUACAAUGUAUGUGUUCAUUAAUUGCAGGUCAAAUAACAUUACUCAGUGUAGACGCUACUACAUACAUUAUGUAUGUUUGAUCUCGGAUGUUAGGGUAUCUCUUUGAAAGCUAUCUGAUGAGCAGGUUCAUAUAAACUGCUUGUGUCGUGUAAGCUAUAAGUAGUGAUGGACUAUAAAUAGACGAGUUACUCAAGUUGCCAACAAGGGUGAAAAAAGAGAGGAGGCAAAAUAAAGAGGAGGAAAAACAGAUAAAAUGUCAUUGAAAAGUCAACAUGACAGGUCGUCAUUGUGGGAUUAUGACUUUAGGUCUGAUAAGCAUUACGAUGAUUGUUGUUUAAUUAGAUAUUUCCUAUACCGUCGGUGCCAUUUGAUGGUGCUGAUAUUUCGUAUGCGGUUGGUGUCAUUUUAUGUAUUUUUGUGACGAGGAGUGUAUAUGCCUGUCGGUGCUGUUACAAACACUUUUUUUUUGGUUGGGGGCUGGGGGUCACGAUAAUGAUCACAGUCAAUGUUAGCUUUGCUGUGGUAGUUAAAGUUUGAUCCGGUCACUCGAGUUUCCCGGUUUAUUUAUACGUUAGUGUUGCAGCAGUUGUCGCCCCUUUCUCGUGUGUCGUGGCCAACAGAAAUCGAAGCAUGAAUUUUUUCAUUGUUAUUGUUUAUGUUUAAUCUUCAUUGUUUUAAAACGACUAUAACUAUAAAAAAAUCACGGUAAGAAAACAUAGUCAGGCAAACUGUUUUUUUAGUGUCCGCAACCGUAUUUUUUAAGUACUUAAAUAACUGCGAAACAAUAGCAUUACAAUUCGGUAUGUCCUUCAGUAAUGUAUAUAAAACCUCUCGUAAACAAUGCUGCCGUUACUCGCACCACUUGACCCCAUCCAGUUUUCUCCGUGUAACACUGUUAACAAACACGAAUUGGGGUGAAAGUGGUUUAUAACCAGUACACAGUUGCAGACACUUUAUUUAAUUAUCAUAAUUAUAAUUAUACAUGUAUAAUUAUUAUAGUUGAUAUACAGAAGGUAUCUGCUAAAACACCGUACGUCUGAUAAUAUUUUUCAACGGUGACUUUUACGGUUAUAGUCGCUUUAACGCAAACGUCCAUAACGAUAGUCUCAUCAUUUGUGAUAGAAGUCUUACAACUUUGUAUUUAUUUAAAACUAUGCAAUUUAUUUCUACAUGUCUCUCAUAAAAAGUAAAAGAAAAUUAAAUUUAUUUGUGUACGUCA